CCUCUAUUCACAUCAGCGUCUCUUUUCUUUUUUAUGUUGAAAUAUGGACCUCCGUAUUAAUAUAUAUUGUCUAAUCCUAUGGGGAUUCGCAAGUUAUAAUAUUAGAGAAAACGUGGACCCAACAAUUGAGGCUUCCUCCAUAUCCCUAUAUUAUGGGUCACAAACCCCUUACUCACAAAGAUCACAUUCCUCUACUGCAUAAACGAGACUAUUUUGUGAAAACUACGGUAUGCACAUACACAAAACUUAAAGACAUUCGGAUCCUUACUUCUCCAAUAUUGUAUGUAAACCCGCAAUUUCAACCGAGGAUGUGCCAAAGGGGCUAUAUUUGGGAUAUUUGGGAAUUGGGAGAUUAGGUAAUGGCAGGGCGGCAAACGCGCCCCCCCCCCCGUGUGCAGGGACAGGUUGUAAAGGGCUGAUACUUAAGGACUGUGGUCGAACGUGUGGUGGGAAGGCGAUUUUGGCUCAAAAUCCUCCUACCUAAAUCUCAACGCAAGUUCACGUCUGGGAAUGUCCCGCUGCAGGCUGUGUUUUUGCAAGAAAUCCUAUUAACACGAUCAAACCCUCUCUCACCAUCGUUCAAGAACAAUGAUGGACCACAGGAACAUGAAGGCUAUUCUCAUAGCCACACUCCUCGGCCUCUCUACCGCCCAAUCCACGAUCGACCCCUAUGCCGUCGACCCUACCGCGUUUUCCUCCACUGAACGUGCGGGACUGUGCAAAGACCAAAACUCCAUGUGUGAAAGGCUCUGCGACCUCGCAACCAACAGCAACCUCUGCAACUCCACCACCCUCGAUUUCGACUGCACCUGCAAAUCGAACAGCUCCGCGCCAGGCCUGGAAUACUACAAGGACUCGCUGCCGUCCAUGAUAUGCGCCCAAAACUACGCCGACUGCAUCGGGGUGAACUCAAACAACGCCAGCACGCCCCAGAUCGACUGCGUAUCCUCUAUCAAGGAUAAAUGCGGAACUCUAGACAGCACUGCUUACACACCCGUGACUGUACUGCCGUCGCCGACGUCGACACCAUCUUCUGAUACGUCAUCGACCCCGGAUCCGACUUCACCCCCCCCUUCCGACCCAAACCCCCCCUCCGACUCAUCAGGCGGCCUAAGCACAGGCGCCAAAGCCGGCAUCGGCGCCGGCUGCGCUGUCAUCGGUAUCUUACUCAUAGGCUCAGUAGUAUUCUACUUCUACCGCGCCGGAAAGCUGGGAGGUGGCAGCGGCGGCGGUGGUGGCGGUGAAGGUGGUGGCGGCGGUGAUGGUCAUAAAACCGAAGAAGGCCCGGCUGAGAAAGUUGCGGAUGGGGAAGCCAAGGGUGACGAGGAAGUCAAGGAUGAUCAGAAAGUCAAGGGCGAUGAGGGGAAGGUUUUCGGGGCGGAGUUGGAGGAUACGCAGCGUGUGGAGAUUGGCGGGACGGAGGUGCCGGGGGAACUGGAUGCGGGUACAGUCGCGGGCCCGGGCCCGGGGGUGGGCGAGGGGCCGGUGGAGAUUGGGAUGAGUGAGAGGGAGGAAUCGGAGUUGAGGAAGGUGUUUGGGGGGAAAUGAGUUGGGGAGAAUUGAGUUGGGGAGAAUUGAUUGAGUUGGGGAGAAAUGAGAGUUGAGGGAGAGUAAGGACGAUAUGGCGCAUGGAUCUGUGAGAUAGUAAGAUACCACCAAGCUGAGCUGUGCUAGAGCCAGUGGAAGAAAUCUCCAUGAGAG